AUGUCUGCUCAAAACACUCCCGCUACGGGACCCAUUCACAACCAGGGACCACCCCCUCUCGACCUCAACGACUCGUUGGCUCGAGGCUCCGCUUACCCUGCCAUUCACGAGGCUGACGAGCACCACUACCCCCAACAAAACGGUAACACCUCUGCUUCUGACAGUGCCAGCGACCUCGACAACUUUGGUCCAGGUCACCCAUUGUACGACGAUCUCGCCCCUGCCGACUCUUACAAGGAUGGUGUCUACUGGGCUGAUCUGCCAUUUGGCGAGCGAUGGGCUUGGGUCAAUGCCCAGUCCAACGCUGAGGCCCGUCGUGAACUCCGACACCUCGGUACCAUGUUCAAGAAUGAUCCUCUUUCCCCCAUCAGUGCCUACUUCCGACGAUACGUCAUUGGAGGUUUCGGUCUGUUCACCGAAGGUUACACCAUCUUCUCCAUUGGUAACUUGAGUUCCCUCUACCAAUCCGUCUGGAAGGCCUGCUGGAAGACUCACAAGGUCUGUGACCCCAACUGGGUCGCUGCCGUCACCUACCUCCAACCCGUCGGUAUCAUCGUUGGUCAGAUCACUGUCGGUAUCGAAGGUGACUGGAUUGGACGUAAAUUUGGUUUGGUCCAAGAUGCCCUCAUCAUGUUCCUCGGUCUCAUUAUGCUCACUGCUUCUUGGGGUACAACCUUGAACGGUUGGGUCAUCUGCUACGCUUGGUCUCAAUUCUUCUACUGUAUCGGAGUCGGUGGUGAAUACCCCAUGACCUCGACCACUGCUUUGGAAUCCAAGACCGUUGGUGCCAGCUCUCAGACCGAUGACAAGCUUCACCGAGGCCGAAACGUCGUUCUUGCCUUCCUCAUGCAAGGAUGGGGUCAACUCUUCAACCAGGGUAUCCUCAUCAUCCUCCUCCUCAUCUUCAACGGCGGUAGUCACGAGCCCUACUCGGAGAAGACUGCCCAGUGGACUUUCCGAGUCUCAUUCGCCAUCAUGGCCGGUUUCACCCUCUGGCUCGCUUACUUCCGUUACUACAAGAAGGUCUACUCCUCCACCGCCCUCCAACGAUCCAAGAAGGACUUCCACGUCAACCAAUCCGGAUACGACUUUGAGGCUCUUCGACUCGUCUCUUCCCACUUUGGAGGACGUCUCGUCGGAUCCACCACUGGUUGGUUCUUCAACGACUUCCUCUUCUACGGCAACAAGCUCUUCCAAUCCUCCUUCAUCAAGGUCAUCUCACCCGCAGCCGCCAACAACGUCAUCACCAACUGGAACUGGAACUUGGUCAACAUCGGAGUCUCCCUCGUCGGUUACUACAUGGCCGCCCUCCUCAUCGACCACAAGUUCUACGGACGAAAGAGGAUGCAGAACAUUGGUUUCUUCAUGGACUUCAUCUUCUUCCUCUUCCCCGCCAUCUUCUACCACGAGCUGCAAUCCAAGGCUCACAUCCGAGGAUUCCAGACCAUGUACUACCUCUCUUCCUUCUUCCAACAGUUCGGACCCAACUGUACCACUUUCUUGCUUGCUGCCGAAAUCUUCCCCAUCUCCGUCCGAGCCACCGCUCACGGUCUCUCGGCUGCCUCUGGAAAACUCGGUGCUUUGGCCCCUGCUAUCAUGUACAACUACGUCAACGACUCUCACACCCGAUUCUGGAUCGUCUGUUGGUUCGGUCUCGCCGGUGCGAUCUUCACUUGGAUCUUCAUUCCCGACACCACUGGUCUUGACCUGAGGGAACAGGACCGAUACUGGUCUUACGUACGAGAGGGAAGGGCCGGCGACUACCACGGUAUUGCCAUCCACCCUCAACACUUGUCCCUUUACGAGCGAGUCGUUCUCAAGAGACAUUUGGCCUACGACCCCGUCCUCGACCGAGAGCAGCGAGUUCAGGAACUCCGGAAGAUUUACGAGUCCCGAAUCACCUCCUCUGGAAAGGAGAAGCCCGCGCUUGAGACCGACAUUGCUGCCGAGGAGGAUGACGCCCUCUCCCGAGAGGCCGCCAACUACUUUGAGAGGACUCCUCGCAUGAACGCCAUCAACGGUGUCCCCCCAAAGCACCGCAUGUAG